UAAAGCACCGUCAGGAUCGAACGGCUACUGGCAAACCCCCGUUCAAAUUUCCACAUACGCGAACUAGCCGUUACCUCCAACGGUCACUUUUCCCAUCGCCUUCUUCCCCCCUAUCUCUCCCCCCUCUCUUCUCCAAUAACACACACCUCUUCUCAAGAUUGAAACUCUAUACCUCUCCGACCUUGAGAAACCCUAACAAUGGCGACCCCCAAGAAGACGACGACGACGACGACGACGACGACCCCUCGCCACGCCAGAUCAAAAUCCACCUCCUCCUCCGAGAUCUUCAAGGUCUCCGAGAAUUCCGACCCCAACAUCCCCAUCUCCUCUCCUCCCCCAUCCCAAAAGCCCUUCAAAUCCCCAUCUACGGCUAAAUCGGCGAAGAGCAAUGCCAAAUCGGCCCCCAGAAACCCUGCCCGAGCGAUCUUGGCCCCCCCGCCGCCGCCGCCUGGGGAGCGAAAGUUCAUCAUCGCCAAGAAGAAGAAGAAGGGCUCGAACGGAGGCGGCGGAAACGGAUUCGAUAUCGAGAAGUGCCGCCGAGAAGCCUACGAGGCCCUCCGCGCCUCCCAGGAAGGGUUCUUCAAGAAGGAUCCCCCGCCCGUCGAGGAACCCGAGAUGUGCUCGGCGAAAUGCCUCACAGAGAAGAGCGAGGAGGAGGAAUCGGGGACUAGGGAUUUGGAGGGGAGUUCGAAUGUGAGGAAGAUGAGGAGUUUGGUUAUGGAGGAGGCCAUGAGCAGUAUACCAGAUCCGGGAUCGGGGCGAGUGAAGCAUUUGGUUCAGGCGUUCGAGAGCCUCCUCUCAGUUUCGGAUGAGAAGGAGAAGGAGGCGGAUAAUAGGAAGAUUAAGACGAUGAAUUGGGCAUUGCCUGGAUUAGGGCAAAGGAUAAAGGCCAUGGAGAAUGGAUUAGAUUCCGUUUCCGUUACCUCUUCUGCCGAGUUCUUCACGUCGAAAGAUUUCGAAAGGGAUUCUAGGGGUUACUCUUCAAUGGAUAGCAAUUACGACAGAUUGAGCAAGGGCAGCAGGACAUCGAGCGGAGGCCGUCGGAGUAGGCGAAAUAGCCUCGAGUCGUUGAGGAGGAGCUGGAACAAGAAGCUCAAGGUGACCAGCCAACAUCCAUUUAAGCUGAGGACAGAGCAAAGAGGGAGGCUCAAGGAAGAGCAAUUCCUAAAGAAAGUUAAAGAGAUGCUUUGGGAGGAGGAAAAGAAACGCAUACCUAUUGCGCAAGGACUUCCAUGGACUACAGAUGAACCAGAGUGUUUGGUGAAGCCUCCUAUUAAAGAGAGCACUGAACCAAUUGAUCUUGUUCUUCAUAGCGAUGUACGGGCUGUGGAACGUUCUGAAUUUGAUCAUUAUGUUGCUGAGAGGCUGAGCUUUGCUGAACAACUACGAUUGGAAAGAGAGAGACAGCAAAAGUUGGAAGAAGAAGAAGAAAUACGAAGGCUUCGAAAAGAACUCGUGCCCAAAGCCCAGCCGAUGCCGUAUUUUGAUCGACCCUUUGUUCCAAAAAAGUCUGCAAGACCCAGGACAGUCCCUAAGGAGCCAAGAUUUCACCUCCGAACCGUGAAAUCAUCAUGUGUCUCGCUGACGGGAAGAUGAACAAGAAAUCGAACCCCAUCGGAAGUUUCUCGAUGAUGCUCUUUCGAGAAGGCCAUGUUUGAGAACUCGGAACAUGGCGAUUUGCUACAUUUUUUCUUUCCUUUCUGCCUCAUUCUUUUUACAUGUUCAUUGUUACUCUCAUAUGAAUUGGCUCUUAAUUUUGGGACUGUCACUUUAUUUUUUGGCUUGGUUUAAUACCAAAUUGUAAGUGAAUGUGCAGUGCAGUCGACAAUGUGAAGGGCUUUGUGGUACUUCUUUAAAACACCAUCUGUUGAUAUUUUUCUAAUAGCUGUGGAAAAAAAGGGAGAAUAAAUGGAACAAUAA